UUUAUUUUAUAAAUAGAUAGAAUCAGAGGAGUUCCAAAUGGUGCAAUUCAACUUUUAGUUUCGGUUUAGAAACGAAUAUCGUAACUAUAAGUUUAUGAUGGACCGCACAAAAAUAAAAGUUGAACGAGAUGUGUGGGAGAAUUCUUUCGUAGAACAGCAUUACAAUAAAAACCAUGGUAUAAUUCCACAUACUGAUCCAAAAGAAGACCCUAAAUAUAACGAAAAGAAUAAACUGAUCAGGAAAUGCCAGAAAAUUGUUGGAACAAAUGUUUCAGGGAAACCACCCUUGAAUAUUGCAAUCGUAGGAACACCCGGCGGAGGUAAAUCGUCACUUUUAAACACCAUAUUCGCUAGUUUUAGUACAGAAAGUUGGACAGAAAUAGUCCCAUUUGGAAGUUUUGGCAGAGCACAGAGACAGCGUACAACAAGAUUCAAAAGCUACGUCAAAGAUACUUACUACAAACGAAGCGUACAAGACGCUUAUCUCAUGCCGACCUUUUUAGACAUGACUGGAUUUGAAGACGAUGACUCCGAAAAAAGUGUGGCACUUCUCGAGUUGUUAUGUACUGGUAGAAUAAAGGAAGAUGAAGAAUUAAGAAGUGCCAAAGACUACGCAACAAAAUAUGGCGCGGAAGCAUUAUUGGGAAGAUACAACAAGGGAGUAUGUCAUCGUCCGGUUGAUCGGAUAAUUGUGGUCUGUACGUCAAAUCUUGAUGUUAAUAUACCAGAGAGUUUUUUAAAUGCAGUGUGGAAAGCUUCAACAAAGCAUAGAGAAAUACCGGUUUAUGGAGUAUUGACAUGCAGGGACAAAUACCCACCAAAUGUCGUAGAAGACAGAAUUAAAUCAUUUCGCCAUCUCCUGGCAUUACCCAAGUGUAGGUUUGCUCAUAUCAUAAAUUACUGUGAUGCCAUCGAUAGCGAAGGGGUACAUUUUGAUACAACUAUCCCAUCGCUGGAUGUACCAGUAUUGCAGUUCAUGAAACAGGUUUUGAACCCACGUCAAGAUGAUCCAACACAGAAACAAGUCAGCAAAAUAGACAUAUUGGCAAUUUUUGCAUUCAUAUUUGCUGUGGUGGCAUUUAUCUAUGUACUUUUAAUUUCGAAUCGUUAAUUAUGAUUGUGUAUACUACUUGUUUUGUAUUUUCAUUUUAUAUUUAAAACAAUGUUAACCUUUUAGCUCAUUUUAAUUGGAAUCUCGUUAUUUAAUACAGAACUAUAGAUGUAUGUGUUUGUAUUACAUUGUAUUUGAUAAAAAAUUAAAAUAAAUAACAGUAUUUUAAACAAGUUAA